AUGCCGUCUUACCCCCGGAUUAGUCUCGACGACACGGUCAUUGUGCGCCGGAAUCUCAUGCUCAUGGAAAACGUGACAAACCUCGAAAAACCGGCGAUCGACUACUACCACUUCGACUUCAGCAGCGGCCGCGCGAUGACAAUGCCGCAGACGUGGGACCUGCUACUGCGGCUUGGAAAAUACCAGCUGGUGCGGCUGCCCUCGUGCUCGGCCGAGGACGACGUGGACUACCAGAUGUACGUGAAGCGGCUGCAUCACUGUCUAUGGCGGCGCUGGUCGAUGGCGCACUUCGGGCUGACAGACUGCAAGCUCAACCCGCUGGAUAUCAACUGGAACAAGGAGCAAGACGUCUCAGUGCUGUACGGGCCGUACCUGUCGCUGGAAGACGAGUCGCGUUGCACGGCCAGCACCGCGGACGUGGUGCACUCUGCCGCGCCGAGUGGGAAGCCUGGGGCUGACCACGCGGACGCGUGCGCCUCCGUCGACUCCUGCGACGACUUCGGGGUCGCUUACGGCUCCUCCCUGGACUCUCGCGACUCCUCAAUCUUCGACAGUCUUCCCCGCAAGUCCUGCUUGAUAAGGCACCCCGUCCGCAGCGGGCGGCACCACUCCCUGCAUUUUGACAACCAGGUGCUCCGGCGCGAUAUCGACAAAUACGGCGACCUCUGCGAGCGCACGGUGUUUAUCAACGACGCGGAGCCCACCCUCGACAUCGAAUUCGACUCUGAAUACGACUCCGACUACGAGUGCCCUCGCGCUUACAGCGAGGAGUGCUUCCAACUAGACGUUUCAGACAGUGACAGCUGCUGA